UUUCACUUUCUACUUGUCGCAAAUGGCAGCAGGAACAGCAACAUUAGCUCAAGUAGUCGAGCCUUAGAAGUUAAAACUACCAGCUAACUACCAAACCAGCAUUACAGCAGCUCAGAGCUUUUGUAAAAGGCUAAUUUGUAGUUGCAAAGGUGUUUCCUGUGUCUUCCACACCACUACCCUCUCUGCUGCUAUGAGCUACGGUAAAGCUGAGGAGUGAAGGCCUACCUGCCAGGAUGCCUGUUGAAAACCAAGAGGAGAGGACAGUGGAGGUGCUGGGGUUGCCUCAAGCAGUGGACGAGGAGCUCCUCUACCUCUACUUUGAGAAUAAAAGGCGCUCGGGGGGAGGUCCACUCAGCUCCGUGGAUAAACAUGGUGACCGUGCCGUGUUAGUGUUCGAGGAGCCAAAUGAUGCGGCACGAGUACUGUCUAAGGGGCACCAUGUUCUGCAUAAUGCUGAACUGACUGUGAGAAAGCCUGCCUCAAAGGACAACUGCAGGCUCCUGCUGCGGGGGGUCAGCCCCAACACCAACAUGGAGCUGAUUGAGCUCUAUGUGGAGAACAUGAUGGAGCUGGAUGAGGAAGACUACACCUUGUCUCGUUCACCAGGGCAAGAUCUCGUCCUCAUCCACUGCCGUCAACCCUUCUCUCAAGAUUUCCAAAACCUUCAAGCAAAGAUCUCCAAGAAGACACUAGAUGGAACCAAGAUAACGCUUGAGCAAAUUGAGCAGACCGACUCCAUCUUAGUGGAAAACCUGCACCCCGGCAUCACAAGGGACAUGAUGAUGUUGUACUUUGAGAGCAGGCGAGGAGGGGAUCAGAAGGUGAAGGAGAUCGUCAUGAUGUCAGAGAGCAUAGCCAGGGUGGCUUUUGUCGAGUUUGAAUCUGUGGCCACUGUCCUGGAUCGACCACACAGACUGGAGAAUACUGACCUAGUUGUGAGGCCGUACUUUGAUUUUCUUGAACCCACAGAAAGCUCCACAUCACAGGGCUCUGAAAAUGGAUGUUUAGAUAACAGCACAGAUAACCUACAGAGUCCAGGUCCUGUUGAAAUGCAGCCCAGUUCUCCCACAGUGGUUAGUGCCAGCAACCAGCCCUCCCAUCAGACUGCCUCAGAACCUGUCGCUGCCCAGGAAGCAGUAGUCGAAGAAGAGGCGGAAGAAGUCAUGGAGGACGUCGCAGAGUACACAGAGACUCUUUCAAGCCACAUUGCGAUCACUGAACCAGAGAAACUUGCCUUGUGUAAACUCAGUACUCUCCUACAUGAUAUUGAACAGGCCCACUCAGACUUCAACAUCCAAAUCAAAGAUGAUGGCAUACACAUUACAGGACCUGACAAACCUAAAAUGGAGCAACUUAAGAACACCAUUUUGCAGUUUCUUGGCAGUGUUGCUCAGAAACAUUUGACCUUUGACCCAGACAAGGCUCAGUUCCUGGCGAAGAAGGAGGUCAGAGAAAGGCUACAGAAAACUCUGAAUCAGCUGGGGCUGCCCACUAUAUACACUGUGACAGACUGCGUUGUCGUGGUAACAUCACUGUCUCCCGACGCGGUUAGCAAGGUGUGUGAAGUUUUGAAAUCCCAGCUUUCGGACUUCAGCAUACCAGUGGCUACAGAAUAUGAGUUUGUGCUGUAUACCAAGGAGUGGUCCGAGUUCCUUCAGACUCUAAGUUUCUCCUUGGUAAGGGUACCAGAGAGAGGAGGAAAGGUUGAUGUUCUGACUCUGAAAGGGAUGGAGAAUGAGAAGCAGACCAAAAUCAAAACGUUUGUCAGUACACCAAUUGAAAGGGAAACCAUAAUUUCCAUGGAGCCAGGAAUGCUGAAAUACAUCCAGAUCCAUUGCCAUCAGUUGCUGGCAGACAUGGAAGAAGUAUCUAUUUUUCCAUUAGAGGGGGAGGAGGUUUGCGGUUUAAAGAUCCACGGUAAUGUUGUGGCUUGCCAAAUCGCUGAGGAACUGUUGCAAGGUGUGGUCGCCUCAAUCUGUACCAGAACCCUCACAAUCAGUGAGCCGGGAAUUGCACGGUUCCUGCUUGGAGAAGAGUGCAAAGGUAUCCUGAAAGAAAUGGAGACAAAAUUCCAGGUCUUCAUCAGUCUAGACAAGGUGCACUGGAAACCUCUACAGAAUGAGGACAUAUUUGAAGCUGCAUGGAAAAUGGUGUCCCACCAAAACUUUCAGAAAGUCUCUUUGAAUGGUUCUGCACCGAACAUAAAGACUGAUAUGAUCCAAACUCAGAGCUUCAACCAUAAAGGGGCUCCUGACAAAGGCCUUUUAGAGGAGGCAAAGAGAAUUGUUUCAGCCAUUGAUGAAACAAUGGAGGUAAGCCAGUCCAGUUCAGACAGACACACUGACAUGGAGGAAGAGGAUCUCUAUACGACGGGGGAACCUAGCAGCCUGUCAGACCAAGACGCUGAUGUAAUUGUAGUUACACCUCAGGCCUCAGCUGAAGGCAGUGCUGCAAGUGAUGGAGCUCCGGGCUUUCCUCCCAGUGAUCUGGAAGAAGAGGCCCAGCUAUCUCUAGCCAUCCAGUACUCCAUGGAGUCAACGAAUAGAUCUGUUGUUGACGAGGAAGACGAGUUGCAAAAAGUCCUGGAGCUGUCCAAGAUUAUUCAACAUGAAGGUCCCUCUGAUCACAGCAGUGACAGCUCCCGACUGGACAAGGGUAUUCAUACUUCGCUAGAGGACGCCAUCAAGGCAGCCAACACAGUCCAGAUAUUUGUGUUUGCAGGUUACACCUGUGACCUUAUACGAGUGGAUAUAGCUCUUGGGAAGAAGAUUACUAUGAGAAAGACUAAAGAGAGCUUGGAGCAUAGGUGCCUGAGGAGAGUGUCAGAGUUCCACAAGAGGUGUAUAGACGUAAUCAAGAGGAAGCAUGCAGUUGAGAUUCAGAUCCAGGGCACCAUAAUCACCGUUUCUGGGCUCAAGGACUAUGUGGCUGAAGCCAUGCCUGAUGUGAAGCUGCUGCUGGAUAAGAUGUCCACCACUGUGUCUGAUAGCGAAAUCCUAAAGACAGUCCAAUGGGUGCAGCAUGAUCCAGCCUCAGCAGCCACAACACCUUACCCACAAGAUAUUAUAGUUUUCCUAGAGAGUGCCUGGAGGAUGAAACAGAAGAAGGUUGACAUCUUGCUGAACAAUCAGCCCCACAUCAUUAACUUUGAAAAGAUGCAGGAAUACAACAUAGCCUCAGGGGGAUCUGUGAAAAUCUCCAGGAAAAUGAUCAGUUCAGAGGACUUGCUUGCAGAUGUCCCAGAAGAGGAAUACUCUGUACUGGCAAAUCUGCCAGAAGCAUCCAAGGUGGAUGAGGAUUCUGAUGAAUUUCAGGAUGUGGUGAAGAAUUUUUAUGACACCAUUCAAGAGUACCACAGCAAAAUAAGAAUCAUACAGGUGGAGAAGCUGAUGAAUCGGCUGUUGUACAAUCAGUACAGGCUGAAGAAGGCAAGCGUAUUGCAGAAUGCCACAUAUCCAGAAGUUGAACGGACUCUUUACCAUGGCACAAGCGAGGCGAGUGUCAAAGAGAUAUGCGUCCACGGAUUCAACAGAAGCUUUUGUGGAAAGAACGCCACUGUUUAUGGACAGGGGGUGUAUUUUGCCGUGAACUCAGCGCUGUCUGUCCAGGAUCAGUACUCCCCUCCAAAUUCAGAUGGACACAAGUAUGUAUUUGUGUCAAAAGUGUUAACAGGGGACUACACCACCGGCUGUCACUCCAUGAAGACAGCCCCUCUGAAGGAGACUGCUGGCAUUCCCCUCAGAUACGACAGUGUAACAGACAACAUUACCAAACCUUCAAUGUUUGUCAUCUUCAAUGAUACACAGGCUUAUCCAGAAUACCUCAUCACAUGCCAGAGAAUCCACCGCUGAGGAAAUGGGGUUGUAGAUUCGAUCAUCGCUAUAAAAUUUUGAGAAAGAACUGCUUUUGCCAUGAUUUUUCUGCAGCAAUGGAAAAAGUGCAAUUGCUACGAGAAGGGCUAAAUUGUCCGUGUAUUUUUGUUUAAAUUUCAUCAUUUAUCCUAUUUUUUAUGUGAUUAUGCUGUUUUAGUUUUGAGCUACCUACUGGACGAACUGCACUGCUACCUUGCAUAUCACAUCCACUGUGCACUUAAUUCUAAUUGCAUAUGUAUAUUGUUUCUUUUAAUAAAUCAGUCAGAUGUGACUAAAGCCAAAUGUG